GAAAGUGUGGAUGUUAGUGCUUACGAUCAACGACGUGCAGGUUAUCACAAUUAUAGACGACUGGAAGACGCUGAGCGGCAGCAAACAGGUUGCAGCUCCAAACUUUUUUCUGCCAGCAGAGUGACCAAGAGUAAAUGCAAUCCAACAUGCUAAAGGACUGAGGUCUGUCUGAAAAACCUUCACCUCCAUUCAUAGCCUGAGUGCUCAAUCAAGCUGAGCAGAGAAAACAGACACAUUAAGCUAUGAUAAUCACUGGCAUAAUGGGAGUUCCUGCAUUCUGUGUGGUGGUGCUAACAUUCAUCCUUCACAGCCAGAGUGUGAAAAUACAAAGCACCCUACACAUGUCUAAAAGGUCUCAGGAAAAUGCACUGAAUCCCAGCGAAUGUGUGUCCCGGACCAAUCAGCAGCAGAUCAUAACAAACCCAUACAACUUCUCUGUGGAUCUACGCAUGCCUGGUGUUCUCCCAACUGGGUCGGAUACUUACCUUUGUAUGGCAUUUCCUGUUCCAACUAGGCGAGAUGCAUAUAUUGUGGACUUCAUACCUCAUGCCAGUAUGGACACAGUCCAUCACAUGCUGUUGUUUGGCUGUCAGACCCCUGUCUCCACCAGCAGCUUCUGGGACUGUGGCAGUGUGCAAGGCACUUGUGAGGAUGAAGCAUCCAUUAUGUAUGCCUGGGCUCGGAAUGCACCACCUACUAAAUUACCCAAAGAUGUUGGCUUUAAAGUUGGAAGAAAUUCAGGAAUGUCCUACUUUGUACUGCAGAUCCAUUAUGGAGAUGUUAAUGCUUUCAGAGAUCAUCAUCGAGAUUGCUCAGGACUUACCUUAAGAAUGACAUCCAGACCGCAGCCAUUCAUUGCUGGCAUAUACUUGCUCAUGUCUGUGGACACAGUUAUCCUUCCAGGAAAAAGAGUUACAAAUGCAGAUGUCGCCUGUGAUUAUACUUCAUAUCCAAUCUACCCAUUUGCCUUCAGGACCCACACGCACCGGCUUGGUAAAGUAGUCAGUGGCUAUAGAAUCCGAGAUGGGAAGUGGACCCUGAUUGGGAGACAGUCCCCUCAGCUGCCACAGGCUUUCUAUCCUGCUAACAAGCAGGUGAAUAUAAAGUACGGAGACGCCAUUGCUGCCAGAUGUGUGUUUACUGGUGAAGGCAGAACCUCCAAAACUUAUAUUGGUGGUACCUCUGAUGAUGAAAUGUGCAACUUCUAUAUAAUGUAUUACAUGGACAGCAAACAUGCUAUCCCUUACAUGAACUGCAUGGAGAUGGGUUCUAAAGAGCUGUUUGAACAUAUUCCAGCUGAGGCAAAUGUGCCCAUUAAAGUCUCUCCAGGCCAUAUGAAUUCUAUGAUGCAUAUGGGACAAUCAACAGAUGAUCAAGAUCAUAUGGUGAAUACAAAGAAAGCAGAGGCUAUGGAUCAGGACUACCAUUUGGAGCAAGUCUCAGCUUGGCCACAGAGUUCUCUUCAGCUGGGACAGGUAUCAGGACUUGCCCUUGAUUCAGAUUCUAAUGUGGUCAUUUUCCACAGAGGUGACCACCACUGGGGGACAGACUCUUUCAACAACCAGGCAAGAUACCAGCAGAGGUCCAUAGGACCUAUUCAGCAGUCCACCAUUUUAGUUGUGGAUCCAACCAAAGGCAGUAUCCUGAAGGCUUCUGGCAGAAACAUGUUUUACUUGCCUCAUGGAAUAACAACAGACAAUGAGAAUAAUUACUGGGUGACUGACGUGGCCCUUCAUCAGGUGUUAAAAGUAAGCAACGAUGGCAAAGACAGAACCUUGCUGGCUCUGGGAGAGGCUUUUAUACCAGGAAGUGACAACAGCCAUUUCUGCCAGCCCACUGAUGUGGCAGUUGACACUGAAACUGGGAACGUCUUCGUCUCUGAUGGCUACUGUAAUGCCAGGAUACUGAAGUUCUCUGCUGACGGCAAAUACCUGUCUGAGUGGGGUGCAGGCUCAUCAGACAGGAGAAGGCGGAUACCUUUUCAGAUUCCACACAGUCUGGUGUUAUUACCUGACAAAAAGGAAGUUUGUGUGGCAGACAGAGAGAAUGGACGUAUCCAGUGCUUUAUAGCAGAAACUGGAGAGUUUGUCAAGGAAAUUAAGAAAGAUGAAUUCGGAGGGGAGGUGUUUGCUAUCACCUACAGCCCUGUUGGAGAUGGCCUGAUCUUUGCAGUAAAUGGGGAAUCGCUAUAUCACUCUGUUCCACUCAGAGGUUUUGUAAUAGAUUAUUCAUCCAAGGAUAUUUUGGACACUUUCAGCCCUAAUAAAAAGGAGUUCAAAAUGCCUCAUGAUAUAGUUGAAACCAGGGAUGGCAGUGUUUUUGUUGGGGAUGCCGGCAGUAAAUCAGUCUUCAAGUUUACAAAUGAAAAAUUCCAUCAUUCUGUCAAGAAAGGUGGAAUUGAAGUUCAAGAGUUGGAAGAAAUGGAGACUGUUGUCCAAACUAAGGUGAAGCAAGACCAGAACGCAUCAAAGUCAAAGACGGCCAUCCAAGAGAAGCAAACUGUGGUCCAAAAACCUCAACCGCAGGUGGAGGCAGACAAAGAAAUGAAGAAGAGUCCAACAAAGCCCAACAAAGGGGAUCGUGUACUCCCAGUCAUCAUCACCACCCUGCUGCUCGUCCCUCUGGUUGUUGUGAUCUCCAUAGGAGUCUUCAUUUCCUGGAGGAAAAACAAUCGAAGUGAGGUCAAAGCUGAACCCAGCUCGAUGAGAGGCAUUUUUGGAAAAAUAAGAGGUAAAGCAGUGGGCAGUCUGAAUCUGGGAAACUUCUUUCCAUCCCAUAAGGGUUAUAGUCGUCAGGGCUUUGACCAGCUAAGUACGGAAGGCAGUGACCAAGAGAGGAAUGAUGAGGACAGCAGUGACUCUGAGAACGAGGAGUACUCUGCUCUGCCGCCGCCUCAGUCCUCCUCGUAGAUGUUCUGGAGCCAACUGCCAACCUUCUGCUUAAAUUGCUAAGAUGUAGUUAUUCAUCACAUGUGUAACUGUUGUGUCAGCUGCCAAUCAUAUGUGUCUAUUGUAUAUAAAAAUUACUUUAACUUAUUUAUUUAAUGUAGCCAAGGUCUUCAUAUAGCAUUGCUGACAUAAUCCACCCAUAUUUCAGUUUGUUUUCCCCAGAUCAAACAUUUUUAUUGUAUACAGGAAUGAUCACAUUUCAUCCCUUGUUGGAUUUUUAUUUCAGCUUAUAAGAAAAUAAGAUUCAUUUGUGGUCAGGUAUUUCACAGUUGGUCACUUAAUGUCAUCUCUAUUUCAAGUCACCUGGAAAUUUUUACAACAACAGGUAACAAAUGCUUAUUAACUGUUUUCUAUCAACAAGAGUCCAGCAGUAGAUGGAGAGGAUGAUUUAAUGGGGAGCACUGAGUGCCAUAAACACUGUCAGAGCAGUUUGUCAGUUCACAAAGACUUUGCCACUGUCUGAAGGCAGCAGGAUUAAUCUUGAUGUUGAUUAACAUACAGCCUGAAAUUGUGCUGUACCAGAAUGAACACUCCCCUCCGAAAGUAUUGGAAAUAAAUGGAUUGGUCUCACUGCUCCAAUACUUUAGGAGGAGACUGGAGCUCUCACUCAAGUCAUUAUGAAUUUGGCUUCCUCAUCUAUAUUUUUGCUGUUCAUGGGCAGAAUUUCUGGGUCUGUCAGUUUUUUUUCAAGUUUUUAACAAAAGUGGGAUUUCAUGUGAUAUGACAGGUUAUAGUGUGAAAUAGAGAAAUAUUGUCAUUUAUUUACAAAUUUUCUUUAAGCUGAAAUUUUAGUAAUAAUGUAAAAGACCACACACCACUCACAGAUGCAUUAUAUUAAUACUGUAUUCAAACAUCACCUCAGUUGAAUGAAAAUUGCUUGUGUGGCCCAAAGCAUGGCAUAUGAGAUCAGAUCCAAUCCCAUAUUUGGGAAAUUCUUUUGUUACAGUAGUUGAAAUGAAUAAUUGUAAUGAUAAUACAUGGCAGAUAUAUUGUAUUAUAGAGGUGACAGCAUCCGUAUAAAAGAUUUCUUAUAUCUGUUCUCGUGGCAGUAGAGCUGUUAGAGUAGCUGGUGCAGUGGGUGGUCAGGAUUAUCCAUAAUGGGUAAUAUCUCCAGCAUUUUACUGUACACAUUGAAGGAUCUCAUAUACAUUGCUGGCCUCACUCAGGCAUUCCUGCUUAGUGGUGAUGUGAUGAUAUCACUUACUAAAUUACUUUUCUCAACUCUGGGAAAGUUUUCCAAGUGUAAAACAUCUGCCCCUGUUUGCAGUUUGAGUUCUCUUGUCAUCUAUACAGUAGCCCGUUAACUGCCACUGAAAAUGAACCUGAGAGGAAACAACCAGAAACGCUGUUAUUGUCAGCAUGUUGGUGGUUGACACUAACAUGGUUGCUUCUAGCCUUAAACACAAUGACUGAGUAAAAAUCACUCGAAGCCACUUGGAAAAGAACGUAAAACACUGCAUAAAGCUCUUUCAUGUGGUGAUAUACACACACAGCAUUAUUUGGACUGGACUGGCUCUUAUAUAGUGCUCUUCCAUUCUACACGAGCACUCAAAGCACUUAUAAUAACCGUGUAUGCUUCAUUUAUUACAUUUUUCACUUGUAAUUCUGUGCCUUUCUACAUUCGUCUUGCCUUUUUUUUUAGUCACCUGCCAUUACAACAUGUACCAUGGGAUGAAAACUGCUGCUGCUAGAGCUUGUACUAUAAUUAUUUUACUUCCCUGCAGAAAAUUGAUAUUAUAUAAAUUAAUAUUUGACUGAAUGUCUGUGUGCUAAUCAACCAUUCUUUAAAGUUCUCAAGCUUCAUUACUGUUGUUACACUUAUGAAGCUUGAAUACUUCAGAUGAUAAAGAGUGUUAACUGAGAAACAGUUGCUACAUAUGUCAUACAGGCUGUAAGUUAGAGGAACAACAUCAGUCUGUUUUUAGUGACAAAGCUUCUAAACCAAAAUGUUUGCUUGACAUUAUUUUUUGCCAUACUUUCAACUUGCUUGACAUGUAUUCACAAGCAGUUACUGCUGUUAAAAGUUGGCAUAUAUAAAUAUUUGUCCAACCCAGCAGCCCAACCUGACUCCAAAAAAUUUAUUAAAAAUUAGCAUCAUAAUCAUUUUUAUCAACUGAUUACAUCUGAUUUUAUCAGUAAGAUAAUUUGUGAGUAGAACGAAUAAAAACAUUUUAGAAAUUAAAACCUACCUACAGUACAAGUGAAGUCCAAAUUAAUGUGCAUUAAUUAAUGAGAGGAAAUUCACUGAACAAUUUUAAUUAUAUAGCGCCAAACAACAAGCAGUGACCUCGAGGUGCUGCGUGCACACACAGGAAACUCAGAGAUAGUGGAUGGAGACUUGGUUGUUUAUUCAGAACAAUCAGUUUUGUUCAUUUCAGUUACUCAGUCUUUUUCCUUUUUUAAAAAUGUAUUCUGCACCUAAUUCUCUUUCUGUCUGUAUACUCAUUAUAUAAAGUUUGAAUGAAUGGAUUCCUUAACAUGCCAUAGAUUUCUCAUGUUUUACAUGUGGACUGUAAUAUUAGUUGUGACCCACUGGUUUUGCUGCAAGAGUACUAUUUUCAGUAACUGUUAUUUGUGUAAUAAAGUGUUUGCAAAGCA